AAAUGGAAAAGAAAAACGAAACCAGUAAGCUGGCUAUAGAGUCUACGAAACCGUCCAUGGUGACCGAGGAGCCGGCAUCGGUGACCGAGGAGCCGGCAUCGGAAAUCGAGAAGUCGGCCGCCGUGACCGAGGAGCCGGUCUCGGAAACAGUAAAGGACAUGAGCACUGAUAAGGAUUUUAAUAGAGCUCGGGUGACACGUCCCACUGCGAUAUAUAAUAAAGAUGCACACUACGACUUGACUUGCAUACCAGCCAGCAAUCAGCAGGCUGACAGCCCAGACGAGACAGAAAACAAACCUACCAAGAUUUCAUAGUCCCCAAGACUACACUAGCUAAUGCCUCUUAUGAUAAUAGCCCCCCGGUGUAUGUGUGAAGCAUAUUAUACAAUGUGUAGUUGAGAGAAGAGAUGAGUUUUUAUUGUGCUAUUGAAACUAAACCCUUCAUUACUCUCAAAUGACGUAGGGUCUUCUCCCCACUCUGUCUCAGUCACUUGCAAUGUCAUCAUUAGAAGACAUUGCUCAUGCAAGAAGUCUUUGCUGCUUGGACUGUGUGGCAGUGCAGUGUAGAGGAGAAAUGAAAUUAUCUGAAAAGCGAAUAUGCCUUUAGCAAAUGUAAACAGCUUUCCUUGUGCCAAUUUGGUUUCUUUUGUAAGUUUAGAGGAAAAGAUUUCUUUGUUUUUGUUUACUUAUUCACUUUAAAGUUGUUUUUAUAAUAUGAGAUCAGUUUUUACUUUUAUGAAAGAUUAUAUUGGAACAUUGUACAAAUUCACUUUUGCUGUAAUGCAAUAAAUUUAAAAGUAGAUCAUCUUGUAAAAUAACAUUAUUUUCAUUUGGAAGUAGAUUACAAAACAGAAAAAUUAAUCUACAUAGUAGUUAAAAGGAUUACUUUCCAAGUCCCUUUAGUUUUAGAUGGGCUCUUAUGAUAAUAGCCCCCCGGUGUAUGUGUGAAGCAUAUUAUACAAUGUGUAGUUGAGAGAAGAGAUGAGUUUUUAUUGUGCUAUUGAAACUAAACCCUUCAUUACUCUCAAAUGACGUAGGGUCUUCUCCCCACUCUGUCCCAGUCACUUGCAAUAUUUGUUUACAGUGUUUAAGAUGCCUCCUGUCUUGUCUUAAGGUUUCUUGUAUACUAGAGGGGCUCCAAGAUGAUCCUCUGGGUUGUUUUGCUUGAAAAUGAAUUUGUAAUGUAAGUUUUGCAGAUAGUGCAUCUGUCUGAUUCAUACUCAUUAGGUCAUGUGC